CGGGAGGGGAGCGGGGCGCGGGUCCGCGUGUGAGCGCCGUGCCAGGGGGAGGUUUCUUGCACACGCACACACACACACACCGCACACACGCGCGCACCCGCAGGACCGGCCCCGCUCCGGCCCCCCCCGCUCCCGGCUCGCACCAUGUUCCAGCCGUCCGCGAAGCGCUGCUUCACCAUCGAGUCCCUGGUGGGCAAGGACACCCCCCUGGGCCCCGAGGACCCACCGCGCCCCGCCGCCCUCGCCUACCCCGGCCCCGCCGCCGCCGCCGACGCCGCCGCCUUCGCCCCCGGCUUCCAGGGAGCCGGCCGGGCCCUGUACGGCAGCGCCGAGCUCGUCUUCCCCGAGGCCGUGGGGCACCCGGCGCUGCCCGUCGGGCCCCCCCAGCUGGGGGGCUCGGCCCUGCCGCACCCGCACCCCUUCUUCGGGCCGCAGCACCGCGACCCGCUCAACUUUUACCCCUGGGUGCUGCGGAACCGCUUCUUCGGCCACCGCUUCCAAGGGAGCGAGGUGUCCCAGGAGAGCCUCCUGCUGCACGGCCCCUUCGCCCGCAAGCCCAAGCGCAUCCGCACGGCCUUUUCCCCGUCGCAGCUGCUGCGCCUCGAGAGGGCCUUCGAGAAGAACCACUACGUGGUGGGAGCCGAGCGCAAGCAGCUGGCCAGCAGCCUCAGCCUCUCCGAGACACAGGUGAAGGUGUGGUUCCAGAACCGGCGCACGAAGUACAAACGGCAGAAGCUGGAGGAGGAGGGCCCCGACUCGGAGCAGAAGAAGAAGGGCUCGCACCACAUCAACCGAUGGCGCCUCGCCACCAAGCAGUCGAGCGGAGAAGACAUCGACGUCACCUCCAACGACUAAGGCAGCGACAGGCUCCUGGUGCGGCCACCAUGCGGAGCAGCCCGGGGCACCAAGGGGGGACACAGGCGGCGGCAGCCCCCGGACUGUAGGGACACGGCCACGCCGCCACCGCCGCCCGCGGCUUUCCCCGGGCCGGGGCCCGUCCCCGUCCCCCCGCCGCCCGGGGCGCCCCUCGGAGGGGCUUUCGGGGAGCUCGGAGGGGCUUUCGGGGAGCUCGGAGGGGCUUUCGGGGCGCUCCCGCCGAGCCCAGGAGGGAGAGGAGGCUGCCAGGGCGGCCCCGGGGGCGCGCAUCCCCCUCGGCGCUGGGCUCCGUGAGCUCCAGCCAGCGCGUCCUGCCCGCAGCUCGAUGUCCCCGGCCCGUCUCCCUUCGCCUUUUAUUCUCGUCUCCCGCCGUUCCCCCCGCUCCCUGCCCCGUUUCCCCCCGCCGGUCCCGCGGUUCGGGUUUUGUAUGAGGGUUUGGUUUAAUUUAUUCUCUCUCCCGUGCCCUGUGCGUGCGUUCCUGCCCAGGCAGCGGCUGUAGCGAGCGGUACUGCGUGGAAAUAAAACAGAACUGCUGCGACCGCAGCCCGACACCG